GGGGGGCGGAGGAGAGGGAGACGGUUGUAGGGCUCGUGCCUGUUCCGCAGCCGGGCGGCCUGAGGGGCGCGGAGACCCGGGAGGGAGACGGCGGCAGCAUGGCGGCCGGGUGCGAGCCGCCCCGCCCGCGUCUUCCCGGCUGUGGCCGCCGCCGGAGCCGCCGGGACCCAUUGGUCCGCCCGUGUUCGCUGUAAGCCUGCUGCCCGCCGGCAGCCCUCCGGCCCACCGGCCCUCUUUCCUCCCGCCGCCGCCGCCAGCCCGAGCGUCGGGCCGGGUCCCUCCCACCGCCGCCCGCAGCCUGCGGGGCCAUGGAGGACGUGAAGCUGGAGUUCCCCGCGCUCCCCCCAUGCCGAGAGGACGCCGAGGAGUGGACCUACCCGAUGAGACGAGAGAUGCAGGAAAUUUUACCUGGAUUGUUUUUAGGCCCAUAUUCUUCUGCUAUGAAAAGCAAGCUACCUAUACUACAGAAACAUGGAAUAACCCAUAUAAUAUGCAUAAGACAAAAUAUUGAAGCAAACUUCAUUAAACCAAACUUUCAACAAUUAUUUAGAUAUUUAGUGUUGGAUAUUGCAGAUAAUCCAGUUGAAAAUAUAAUACGUUUUUUCCCCAUGACUAAAGAAUUUAUUGAUGGGAGCUUACAAACUGGAGGAAAGGUUCUUGUCCAUGGAAAUGCAGGGAUCUCCAGGAGUGCUGCCUUUGUUAUUGCAUACAUUAUGGAAACAUUUGGAAUGAAGUACAGAGAUGCAUUUGCUUAUGUUCAAGAAAGAAGAUUUUGUAUUAAUCCUAAUGCUGGAUUUGUCCAUCAACUUCAGGAAUAUGAAGCCAUCUACCUAGCAAAAUUAACAAUACAGAUGAUGUCACCACUCCAGAUAGAAAGGUCAUUAUCUGUUAAUUCUGGUACCACAGGCAGUUUGAAGAGAACACAUGAAGAAGAAGAAGAUUUUGGAAACAUGCAAGCAGCGACUGCACAGAAUGGCUGACUCAAGACCAACAUUAUAGAGGAUGUGAAUUUCUAUUUGGGAAGGAGAAAAUACUAGAGACGAUGAUGAUGUAAAAACGGUAAAAACACAAGUAGUUUCUUUUCAAUUAUAUGUUGCUUCCAGACAUGUUUCUCUGAAACUUGUGGAGCAACAUUUUAAGAUGUUGGAUUUCUGCAAUAGAUGGCAAAUGAUGGUUUUACCCUUUUUUCCUUUUCCUUUUUGUUUUUACAUCUUACAUUUUUAUUAUAAACCAAGAAUUUCGGACUUGCAAAGAGGUAUUAUUGCAAUAAUGCACUUUUCAUACUUGAAAUUUAUUUGUAUGAUAUAAAGUUAUUACUUUAAGCAAAAUGCAAGUUAGGGGGGAUUUGUUUAUAAAAUCUGGGUAAUUUAUAACAAGAAUUUCCUAAAGUUUGCUAAAAAUUAAUUGUUCUAAUAUAUAUUACAUUUUAAAAAUAAUUUUACAGUUCAGUUUUAUGAUGGAGCCUCUUACAGAAACAUUAACAAAUGCAGGAAUCUACCACAUUUCUUUUGUAAUAUAAUUCAAUAGCAUAAUUACCUUUUUCUUAAACUUGUUGAUCCCUUAUUAAUAAUCUUUAAAUCACAUUAGCCAACUAUCCUUACUUUAACAUGAUCCAAGUAUUGCUUCCUUUCCUGUUACCUUCCUAAUUUAAUCUAUCGAGAAAAAAAUGCUUAAUGAACAACAGAAGAUGUUUCGUUUUGUCACAGCAGAUGCUCAAAAACAAGGAGUUUUAGAUUUUCAUGUGACUUUCUUUUUGCAUUUCUUAAAAGCCAAAUGUUGUUUGUUCUUUUUAGAGUUGCUUAGCCCAUAUUUUUCUUUGUCCAAAAUGGUUCUAAAUAGAAUAUAAUAAACCAAUGUAGCACUAUUUUUUUUCCUAAAUGAAGCCCAGAUAAGAAAGUGCCUUGCAUCAUUAAAAAAAAUAAAAAAUAAAUUCUCAUACUAAAUUAAUAUGUAGACCAGUGAAAAGUUAACAUUCUUCUGUGAUUUCUUUUUUUUUAAGUCAUAAAUUAGUUUAAACUGAAAGUCUGAGGCUUGAAGAAACCUCGGUAAAUUAUUUGGAAUAUGGAACAUUUAUUCCUUCAUUUUAUGUUGUCUUAAUGAUUCUGUGAGAUUGUUCUGGCUCAGAAGCUUUUCUUUGAAGAUGCAUUUAUUGGGGAAUGUGAUUUGUGGGAGACAUUAGUGUACUUUAAAUUAGUGCUUUAAUCAGUUCUUUACAUUGAGUUAAUCCAAAUUUCCCCCAUAAUUUGCAUUAGCGGAGUCACUUUAUGGAUCCUUAGUUCUCCAUAAUUUUUAUUUACACAUAUAACAAUUGUUUUAAGAAAAAGUUUUGCUGUUUUAAGUAAGUAUGAUGUGAAGGAGGAGGAGUGUUUUUAACUUUUUAUAGUUGAUUUAGGUUAGCACAAACAAAACUCCUUUGUAUCUCACUUUUCUCAGUCCUCUCUUGAGGUGCUUUACUGAUGGGAAUGAUUUCCAUACAUUCCCUUGGUACCAAGAGGUACUAUGCAAGGUAACCUAUUACACCAAGUUACUUGCUUUGUUUUCCUCCCUAAAAUGUAAUAAUACAGUAGAAGCUUUUUUAUCCAGCAUAGUGGUUGAGUGGAGAUGAGUUAAAAUUGCUUUAAUUGAGCUAAUUCCUGUUGAUCUAGGUGGUAUUCCUCUUCUGAUUUCCCUUCUCUUCCCGUUUUACUGCCCUGAAAACAGCAUAUUGUUAAUCCCAUUGUGGUCUCGUAUUCUGUUGUCUUAUUAGGUCCUUUGGUGUGGUGGUCUGGUAGAGUCAAGAUUUGCAUUGAGUGUUCAGAAAUUCCAGUUGGUAAAGUGCCAGAUAACACAGCUUUCCUGUAUAUAAGUCACUACUGGAUAGGUCAGCAAGGAUCUCUUGCAAUCUGAUAAUCUAAAUCUAUGAUCCUUCAUUCAGCUGAAACUCUUGCUUAAAAGCAUCUUCGUCGUAGUACAUUUAGGUUUUAAAAAUGAGGGUAAGAUUUUUUAAAUUAGUUUCUUAAAUACAUAUAUCCUCUCUAGUAGUCUGGCCAAAAAUACAGAUUUGGUUAUUAAUUAAUUUAUAGCUGGUAAUUUUCCACUUUUUCUAACCACUGUAACUUUUAUGUUGUCACUAAAGUGCCUGCCCAGCACUGUAUAAUACUCUCACAAACACUAGAAAGAGGGACUGUCAUCUUGGUACAAUGUUAAUGUAGGCAAAACAUGAGGUUUAUUCUUUCUUUCAAAUAAGAACAUUGCAAGUUUGUUUUAUCUUGGAUCCAUUCUACCUAAUGUUCAACUGGUUCUUCUGGUAGCUCUUCCUAUUCUUUCUUCCAUUUGGUUCCAUUUCUGUUAUUUCUGCUGAUGUUUUGAUAACUACAAUACAUUUAACCAAUCAUGACUUAUUUUCUAGAAUAUUUGAAUAAUGUAUGAGUGACAUAGCACUCAUUAAAUACGCAACCUGGGCACAGAAUUUAAAGUGAAAUGGCAUCAAAACAGGAAAACUGCUUUACUGUCCACUUUGAAAGAAACUUAAAUACUGAAAAUACUCAGACUGGAAUGGCAGUAUUCUUACUUUCUCAUUUCAUUUACUUGGUUCAUGUUAAUUUCUUCUCUCAUAUUUAGAUAGCAGUUUCUUUAUUUGUCUCUCAAGGUGGAAAUGUUAAACCAUGGCAGCUUUUGCCACCAGCUCUCAACCACUUAACUUUUAGAGCAGAAUAUUUGUUUAGGGGGGAUUUUGUGCUUUAAUCUGAGUUUAGAAGUAAUGUCAGAAAAUGUUAAGCAUGUCCUUUUUAAGAAAAUAUAAGGUUUCUAAUUGUCUUCUUAUUAUGGUAAUUCAAGUGAAUUAGAAGUAUUUAACUGCAAUCUUGAAUUAUAAAGUUGGGAUAUAUAUAUAUAUAUCAGGAUCUCAACUUGAUGUAAAGUAAAUGAGCAGUUACCUGGCGGGUUUUUUUCUUUUUUAAAUAACUGGUUUAAUCCAUAAUUCCAUAACAAACUUGGCUUCACUUCACUACUUACUUUACGUUUGUCCAUUCAACAAUGCUCCGAUAAGGAAAUGAGAAGGAAAUAGCUGAGAAUUGCUAAAAGAUUUUAUUUUUUUAAUUGAUUAGAAAAAUAAGUUUCUAGGGUUUCUGAAUGCUGGAUUUUUUGUCUUACCCAUCCAUGGCAGCUAAAAAAAAAUAUCACUCAAAAUAUUCAGGUUUACAUGUUACUCUCUCAUAGGGAGUUGCCAUACCUCACAGUUAAAAGUGUAUUUUAUAGAUCAGUAACAUUAUACUGACAUGUAAUUGCAGUUUACUAUGCAGCAAAAAUGAUUCAAGAAGAAAAAUAACCUACAGUGUCUACUUACCUUUGUAUAGGCAGUUGCUUUAGUUACUCUGCUGUUAACAUUUGUACUUGGAUAAAAUGCUUAUGUAUGUAUAGCAAUGUCACAGAGCAAAUGCUGCUAGCCCAGGCACAAAGUAUUAAAAUUAUUUUGUGAAGAUUGGUGGUUGUAUUAAAACUGUUGUGCCAUUAUACCUCGAAAA